UUUCGGUCUCGGCGGUGAUGGCAAAGUAGAUUCUGCAGAUGUAUCUUGGCUUGACCACACUGGCAUUCACUCUCAGCGUGGUUAUCACAGCAGUAGCAAUAGUAAUAGUAGUAGUAUCAGCACCAUAGGUAGUACCUCUAGCGAUAGCGAUUACAAGACCUCAGGAGGGGGUGACCUUGAGGCGGAUGCUGAUUCUUUAACAUGCAGACAGUCUGGUUUAUCUUCUACUGAUCAGUGUCGUAAUGAUGGUCUCAAAACGGGUUCUAAGCGACCUCGAGAAUCAUUUGGUCAAGCGGGUGCAGUUAUAAAUCCACCUAUGCAAGAUGCAUAUGGGCCCAUCAAAGUUAAUACUUCAGCCAUUACAGCAGUUGCAAAUGAGCAGAUUGCAUCUCAUUGGGAUUGGGAUGACGACGACAAAGGUGUGGUUAUAGAUAUCCAAGCUCUUCUGUCAGAGUUUGGAGAUUUUGGUGACUUCUUUGAGAAUGAUUCUUUGCCUUUUGGGGAGCCCCCAGGAACUGCAGAGUCACAGGCUCUUAUGUUUUCGGCACCAGAAUGUGGAGAUGUAGGUAGCAGCCCCUCUACUAUGAUUAUAGAUGUGUCAGAUCAAAUGCUUUUGCCAGUAGGGUUUCCAUCCUUCGAGAGCUUUAAUUUACCCCCUCCUCCAGCAGCCAUGGAGGAGCCACUGAGCAAAAACCAAGAAGUCACGAAGAAUGCUGUAACUUCUGGUCCAGUUAACUACACUCCACCGUCAUGUAUUGGUGAGUUUGAUCAUUUGGUGAAAGCUGAAGCACUGAUGACAUUUGCACCAGAAUAUGGUGCGGUUGAAGCUCCUACAAGUGAGUUCUCCCCAUCCAUAUUCAGAAGCCCAUAUGUUCCAAAGUCCCGGAAAGCGGAAACUGUAAUUUCAAGCUCAAACAAUUAUGUAUAUUCUGCAACACCACCUUUGUCUCCUUGCCUCAGUGGAUCAGAUGAGAAGCCUGGCACGGCUGUACAGGAUGCAAGUGCCAUUUCCCACUCAAGGAAAUAUUACACUCAUGUUGAAAGUGGAAAGGAGCAUCAUGAUGGAAGAUUAUCUACUUGUAACAAUGGCAUUGCAACUCGUGAUGGUGUGACUCCAUCUGCGUUCUCUGGUUUUAAUUCUUCAAAUGCUGUCAAUUCAGUCCACAGAAAAACAAAUGAAGGCGCAGUAGGAUCAGAUAAUCUCCUUACAUCUAUGAAAACUGUGCUUGCAACUGAACUUGAAUGCAUCAAGUUCCAGGCUUUUAUGUGCAGGAUCCGACAUACACUGUUUUCUUCCUGCAACCCCCUACCUGUUGGCUUGAGUAAGUUUUCUGGAAGCACUGUUCUGAAUCAGCUGCAUGGUGACCCAAGCAUCGUGACAGACAAUGUUUCUAGUAAAUUUGAUGUGAAGAAGAAAGAAUCCAUUCCUAUUAGAAUAGCUGGUGACAUUGAUGGAGGAAUGCUAGAUGGCCCCCUGAAUGCACCUGUUGGUGUCUGGCGCUCUGUUGGAGUUCCUAAAGCUGGAAAACCUAACACACCUAGUAUGGAAGUUUGCCCAUCUUUGCCUCAUAAUUCAUUCAACGAGGAGGCUAUGCUCUCUUAUAGACACAAGCAACCGCUUCAGGAACUUCUUCAUGGCUUGGCAUUACUUGUCCAACAGGCUACUUCAUUUGUUGAUGUGGCACUGGAUGCUGAUUGUGGUGAUGGUCCUUAUGGUUGGCUUGCAUUACAAGAACAGUGGAGGCGUCAAUUUUCCUGUGGACCCUCUAUGGUCCAUGCAGGUUGUGGGGGAGUUUUGGCUUCUGGUCAUUCCCUAGAUAUUGCUGGUGUGGAGCUAGUGGAUCCACUUUCAGCUGAUGUAAGCUUCUUUCAUUUUUCUAUGGAAUGA